AUGAACUCAUAAAGAGGUCCCCCACCGACUAAUAUUUGGCCAAAGACAUAACCAAAUUAAACCAUAUCCUCUUACUCUGGAAGUUUAUCCUAAAGAGGCGCUUCAACAAGAGCGGAAUGGAAUAAGAAAACUUCGAUAAUGAGCUCAAAGCCAUUCAACUAAACAAGGUCAAUUGACAAUAGACAGUAGACUCUGCUAUAAAAAAAGAUAGAUUUAAACAAUAGCAGUAGCAAUGUAAACUCACUUAGCACAGGCCAAAAUUUCUUAUUUAACACUUACUCGGCAACUGGCAACCAAAAUUCUAAGCAUUCACUACAGUCAAACGAUUAGAACAAAGUUAGAAAUAAAUCAAAUAAGGGCUGGAGUAACAACCUCACUCACAAUAUCUCAAAUAACAACAAUCUAUUUUCUCAAAACCAGUAAAAUUAACAGACUUCUUUAAUGAUGAAAAAUUUCUUUUUGAACAAUUAGUCAGAACCUGCAUCGAAUAAUAAAACUUUGGAAUCAUCAAGCAGUUGUUCUAAUUUAAUGCUUGAUUCAGCUAUUCUCCAUACUUUAUAAAAUAACACAUAAUCCUUAGCUAAUGAUGCCAACUAGCACCAUCAUUAGUCUUAAUCCUAGGUUUUUAAUGAAUUACAAAACUAGUUAGAAAAUUUUAAUGCCCAAAGAUUUCAAGGCAAGUAGAGAGCUGAUCUAGCUCAGGUCCUCUCAAAUUUUGCACCUCCAUAAACAACAAAGUCAAGCAGCAACAAUCAUUAGUCCAAUAAAUAGAACUUGAAUGUUACAUCUACUGAAAUGAUUCCUUAAUAGUAAAAAGUAUCUCGCUUAUCUUGCAAACUUUCAUUUGAAGAUCUUUAGAAACAAAACAGAGGGCAUAACUAGUCGAUUCAAUCUUAGUCAUAAAUACCCAGCAAUUUGUUGAGCGAUUCAAAUGCAAAUAUGAAGUCAUUAGAUCAGACCAUAAAUCGUGAAUUGGAAAAUUAGAGCGACAGUGUUAACGAAUCAGUCAUAAUGUUCAAACAGAGUACUCAUGAGACUAAAAGUUAGGAUCCUACUCCAAAAUCUAUCUCCUUGAGUUCUUAUAAAUAAGGUUCUAUCUAAUCACAUGAAAAAGAUUCAUCAGUAACUAUCAGUAUCUUAACUUAGAAAAAAGAAUCUAGAAACAAAAUGGCACAGGUAUAUUUGAGCUAACAGCUCUCAACUGAUAGUUCUAAAAUUGCAUCUGAUUAGAAAAAGCGAGAACAGGUAAUGUCCUCUAAUACAUUGCCUACUUAGUUGACAACUGCUAGAGGAGCUUAAGUAGGUACAAGCAUUGAUAUUAAACCAGCACUUAUCACAAGCAAUAAAAGCAAGAAUAAGGGAUCCAAGAAAAAAAAGAAUUUAAAUACUAACAACAGUGGCCUAGUAUCUAAUAUAGCUAUUGGCAGUAAAACACCUUAAGAAGUUUUCCAGUAUAAACUGAAGAACCAAUAAUCUACAACUUUAAGAAUAGACACUGCCUUGAAGGCUGUAAGCACUAUUAUGAACUCAGGAUAACUUACUAUUCCAUCCUCAAAUAACAAAUCAGCAUAAAACUAAAAGAAACAGUCAAUUUCUUCUAAUCAUUCAUAGAGAGUUAACCUUAAUCAAAUAUUAAAUAGACCACCAAUAACAACUACACAUAACAAAUUGGAAAUACUUAAGGGAAAGGGUCUUGGAAAAUCAGAAUCACAAAGAUAGUUGUUUUAUACUUAGAAAACUCAAGACACUAUUCAUGACAGCUAUGAUAUAAUUGACACUGCUAAUUGUUAAUUCAUCUAUUCAACUACUAACAAUCUAACGAAUCACAUUGCUCCGCCAAAUUCUGAUUAGCUACUCACUCCUGAAACACAAUAAUAGAAGAUACCUAUGGAACAAAUGCUCUAGCAGGAGUAUUAAGAUAAGGUCAAAGCGCUAGAUUUUGAACUAGAGCACAUGAAGGAUCAUUCAUAGAGGAUUAAAGUCGUCUCUAGAUUCAGGCCACUAAACAAACUCGAAAGAGAAUUCAAGGAAACCUACGGAGGGCCAAAGGAUGAGAUAAUACAGUUCAUAGAUGAAACUAAAACAGUCAAAAUUAGUGAUUCUUAUACAGGGCAUGGAAAUCAUCUAUAAUUUACUUUUGAUCACAUUUUCAAGCAGCACACAACUCAAGAAGAAGUAUUUAACCUUAUUGGUAAGGAAACUAUCGAAGACAUUAUGGAAGGCUACAAUGGAACCAUAUUUGCUUAUGGUUAAACAGGUAGUGGAAAGACAUUCACUAUGUAUGGCUACGAUUUGUUUGAUGAGCAGCUAAUGGGUAUUGUGCCUAGAGCAGCUAGAUAAAUUUUCCAGCAUAUAAAAACACAAGACCUUGAAAUUGAAUACUAGAUUAGAGUGCAAAUGGUGGAAAUUUACAAAGAAUAGCUGAGAGAUUUACUUCAUGACUCUACAGAUCAACCACCUGAAUUAAAAAUCAAGGAAGAUCCAAAGAGAGGCACAUAUGUAGAAGGGUUGAAUGACGUUUGCAUUGUAAGUGAAGAAGAAAUCAUGACUGUCCUUUGUACAGGAGAAACUAUGAGGCACGUCGCUUCGACACAUUUAAAUCAGGUAUCAAGUAGGUCUCACUCUAUUUGUAUAAUUGAAGUCAUUCAAAAGUUUCCUAACGAUUCUGAACGAAGAGGAGUAUUAAACUUAGUUGAUCUGGCAGGUUCCGAAAGAGUAUCAAAGUCUCACGCUCAAGGCUAAGCACUUGAAGAAGCUAAAAAGAUUAACUUCUCAUUGUCUAUGCUAGGUAAAGUUAUAAAUAGUUUGACCAAGAAUGCUCCAUAUAUUCCUUACAGAGAUUCAAAGUUGACCAGACUUUUAAAAGAGUCGCUUGGAGGUAACAAUAAAACAUCCUUGAUUGUAGCUUGUUCUCCUCAUCAUACUAAUAUUGAAGAAACAAUCAGUACUUUGAGAUUUGCUUAAAGUGCUAAAUUCAUUCAAAACAAAGUAAAGCUAAAUAUCAAGACUAGUCCAGAGCAGCUACAACUUAUCAUAGAAUAACUUAAAAUGGAACUGAGAAAUUGUAAGGAGGAGAUAUUUAGACUGAGAAUUACAGCUACUGCAGUUGGCUCAAAUAUCUAAUCCUCGUAAAAAUAAAUCACAGAAACUCAGUAAGCGUUAGAAAAUGAUGUAGGCUAGGAAUUCUAAGAGUACAAAAUGUUCAAAGCCAAUGGAGAUUUGGAGUCAUAGUACAAUCAAGCAUUUGAUUCAGAAAUUCUAAGGCAAGAUUAGGAGAGAUAAAUUUUAGAGAAUAAGCUUAAGCAAACUCUACAUAACAGACCUCACUAAAGUUUAUUAGCUAAGAAUUAUGAUGUGAUUGAGACCAAUAAUCAAAGAAUGCAGAUGCUGUCUCUGUUUUCCUCGGAAUUUUCAAGUAUUCCAGGCACAGGCACACCAAACUUUAUAUCCCCAGUCAAGAACUAUGAGAUUAAGUUAAUGCAACUGAUCAAUAGAAAUGAGGACUUAGAGAUGAAACUCAAAAGUAAAGAUAAAGAUAUAGAUGCUUUGAAGUCUCAAAAGGAAGAUUUGCAGACUAAGAACACUUUACUGGAUGACAAGGUUUUGAACUACAAACAAAAGCUUCUUAUAGCUGAAAAGAAGAUUGCUGAGUUUGAAAGUGAUAAAGAUCUAAUGCUGGUAAAUGAAAGAAAAUAAACUCACAGAUUAGAGGACUUUCAAAGUUAAAUCUAAGUUUUUAACUCUCAGAUAAACUGUCUCGAGAGAGCAUUAGAAGACUCAGAGAGAACUUGCUAAGAUCUACUGAGAGAGAAGCAGACACUCUACCAAAAGUCAAUUAAAGAUUUUCUUAAUGAAACAAUCAAGCUGAAGAGGAUAAAGGUGUCGGAUGCCCUCGACAAUUUUAUCAACAAACCUUAGACUUUUACAGCAUAAAAUGUGAGAAAGUCUUACAUCACCUAGUUAGAUAUCAUCAAUGAUUUUAAGAAUUAGGAAAAUCUAGUAAAAUCUUCUGAGCAGUUAGUUUCAAGCUUAAAUGAAAAAGAUUUACUUUCAAGAAACCUGUAUUGCCUUGAAACUAUUAAUGCUCUUGAAGAUAUUCCUCCUGAUCUCACCAUUUACCUGCUUAAGUAAAUGCUAAUUGAAGCUGCCCUUGCCAAUCACAAUUUGUAGAGAAUCUUGGCAGUCAACAGAUGGAGAUAAGUGAUGGAGUAUGGUAAGAACAAGAUCAAGAGCAAUCAGUGCAAGAUCCAAGAGGGCACUAUUCAGACUUUGGAAGAAGUACUGGACAGAACUAGAAAGACUCAUGAUAAACUCAGGGCAAGAGUAGACAAGCUAGAGAACCACUUGUUUGACAACAGAAACUACUAUGGAGACAUAGUUCUCUUGACUGAGGGCAACAAUCCUAAUCCCAAUCAGGUGCCAUGCGCUUAAACAAUAGCUAAGGAUUACUUGCCUAGUUCAAAUGCUCAUAACAUCAGAAACUUCAAUUCAUUGAAAGACAAGACUAACUAACUGAAUAAUCACAACUAAUCCCUAGUGUCAAUGCUUAUCCAAAAUCAAAACUCAAAUCAACAGCCUCUGAACUAGAAGUCUAGAUUUAUCAGAACUAUCACCAACAGAACUCUCGGCAAAGCCUUCAACUUCAUAGAGAAAUCUCCCAUGUCUAGAGGCAGUAUUGGAGCUAACAACCAGUCUAUUCUCUCUCACUACUAUGGCUAGAAACACAACGCCAAUUACAAGCCAGGCGGCACUCCCUUGAGAUCUGGUGGCUUGAACAGCCCUGUUUUUUACAACUUCCAAAGUCCAAUUAGAAGACAAAACACCUUUAACUACAAUGGCUAUCAACCGAAUCAACCCUAGAUCACUAGUAACCUAGCAGCUAAGAACAACAACAUAGUGCUGUUGGCAGAUGACUCCUCCAAUUAAUCAAAUAAAGCCCUUUAAGAGAUAAUCGAGUAUCAGAGCAAUCAACAGAAUAAUAUAAACAUAGUUAACAACAAUCUUAAUCACAAUAGCAUUAACAAUGACCAACUGACAUUCGAAGAUGCAAUAGUUAAGUUCUUUAAUUCCAGUCAGAUUGAAGGCAAAAACUGCUAGAGAACUGGAUUGAAUCCUCAAUACGAUAUGGGGCAGUCUGAGUAGAAAAAUGGUGCUCAACUUAGUCAGGAAGAUUUGUUAAAGAUUGAGGGUCUUGGUUCAAUGCAGGAAAUCAAAGAUUACAUCAGAGCUAAAUUUGAAAGAUCAUCCUAAGACAAUUUGCAGUACUCUACAUCUGUUCAUCUAAAUCCAUUAUUUUCUCAAUAUCAGAAUAAUGCAGCCAAUCAGAAUAAUAACACUACUAAUCUAUUAUCAUCUCAAGUAGAAAACAAUCCUCAGAUAAACAGUCAUACUACAAAUAACAAUCUCUAUGGGCAGUCUAAGGAUUAUUUCGAUGGUUAGGAUCCUUCUGGCCAAAAAGGUGUAAUAUGCUCUUCAUCAGGUAACUACCAUGACAAUCAAAGAUAGGAGCAUGUGAUGACUCUUGCCUCAGAUUAUUUAAUCACAAGUAAUUCGGUCAUUGGUCCAAAUGGACUGUUUAGCAAUUAACUUGGCUAUGGAGCUGGAGGAAACGCUCAUCAAAACGACUACUUGGAUCGCUUAUAAGAAAAGAUAGUUUAGCUUUAGGAGGAAGUGGAAACAUAGAAGUGUAGAGCAGAAGAGCAUAAGAAAGCAUAUUAUGAAAGUAAGAGAUAGAUUGAAAUGAUGAGAGAUCUAAUGGAGGAUAAGGAAAGCAAGCACAAUUAAAUAUUGAAGAGUGAAGUCUGUCAAUGGGAAAAUGCAUUGAAUAAGUUUAAAGAAAUGAGUGAAAGCGAAUUACUAAAGAAACAAAAAGAAAUUUAAAAGCUACAUGAAAUCCUAGCUCAAUGGAUGGAGAAUUAUCAGCAGCUAGAGCAUCGAUAAGGAGGAGUGUCAAAUCAAAAUCUAGAUUAGUUGCUAAAAGAGACUGUAAGCCAUAGAAGAAAAAAAUCUGGACUUCUUGUAGACUUAAUGAAAACCCCUCGUCACAAAAGGCUCAGUAACUUCCUUCCAGCAAUUCAAAGCAUUGAUAUGAAGCCUCCAAUAUCAAGUAGAAAUCACCGUAAUGGAAAUGGGUUAACAGAAGUGAGCAGUAUUCAAACUCUUCAUCCUUUAAACACCUAUGCUAAUAUGAAUCCAAAUCUAAACUAAGACUUUGACAAGAAAGUAAUCAACGGGGAUAACUCACCUAUUGCAUAGGAGGACAGCUGCUUUGAUUUUGAUCAGUCAAACAAUCAAUAAUUAAACCUAGACGAUUUUGAAAGGAGUCAUAACUUGCAAUCAUACGCCAGUAAUGACUGA